GUCUCCGCCAGCCGCGGUCGCUGCGUCCUCAGCGAGCGGCGACAGGGAGGCAGCAGGCUCGGCCACCGACAGAGACACCAUGUGACGGGCGCUGCUCACGGGUACUCAGCUUUGGUUAAAGAGCGGGGCGCGCGGAAGGGGAGGCAGCGGCGCGCUGGACCAGGAGGAAGGAAUGGCUUAACUUUCCACGUUAAACCCCUUCACAAGCCAUGGACGAGCGCGGGCGACGCGGCUCCCAGUAGGAGAAUGACGACGAUUCGAGACCCUCGGCUCCCGAGCGUGUCGCAGAGGAGGAGAGCUAGGGGAGCGCGGGCUGAGGCAGCCUCGCUGCUGUCUGAAGGUCGCCGGGAACCGCCGCCCUUCACCUUCCUCGGAAAUCGGCCACACCGCGCCAGGGCUCCCCGCCCAGCCCUCGCAGACAGAGGCCACAUUUCUCCCGGCUUGAGGCAGCGAGACCUUGACACAAAGGACAUCACACCGCCGGGGAGAACAUCCGGCGGGGAGGACACCUUGACUUCUCCCCCUGUGACACUUCCCCCUUUAUGGCCCAAGGUAUUUAUUGAGUGCCUACUGUGUAUCCGGCAUAGGCUAUCUCUAUGUGCAUACAAAAACCCUGGAAGGUCAUACUCCAAUAUAUAUACAGUGAUCGUCUCUGCUUGCUAAGAUAACAGGGGUGUCAAGCUUAUACUUUUGCUGCUAUCCACUUGUAAAUACGCUCAGAACAGUAGAGUUUGGACGAAGUUUUUGACUACAGGUACUUUAUAAAGAUGAUGCAUUUCAAAAGUGGACUCGAAUUAACCGAGUUGCAAAACAUGACAGUGCCCGAAGAUGACAACAUCAGCAAUGAUUCCAAUGACUUCACUGAAGUAGAAAAUGGUCAAAUAAAUAGCAAGUUUAUUUCUGACCGCGAAAGCAGAAGAAGUCUCACAAACAGCCACUUGGAAAAAAAGAAAUGUGACGAAUACAUUCCAGGAACAACCUCAUUAGGCAUGUCUGUUUUUAACCUGAGCAACGCCAUUAUGGGCAGUGGCAUUUUGGGACUCGCCUUUGCCCUGGCAAACACCGGAAUCCUCCUUUUUCUGGUACUUUUGUCUUCGGUGACACUGCUGUCUAUAUAUUCAAUAAACCUUCUGUUGAUCUGUUCAAAGGAAACAGGUUGCAUGGUUUAUGAAAAGCUGGGAGAGCAGGUCUUCGGCACCACGGGGAAGUUUGUCAUCUUCGGAGCCACCUCUCUACAGAACACAGGAGCAAUGCUGAGCUACCUCUUCAUAGUCAAAAAUGAACUACCCUCUGCCAUAAAGUUCCUAAUGGGAAAGGAAGAGACAUUUUCAGCCUGGUACGUGGAUGGCCGUGUCCUGGUGGUGAUUGUCACCUUCAGCAUAAUUCUCCCUCUGUGUCUCCUGAAGAACUUAGGGUACCUUGGCUAUACUAGUGGAUUUUCCUUGAGCUGUAUGGUUUUUUUCCUAAUAGUGGUUAUCUACAAGAAAUUUCAGAUUCCCUGCAUUGUUCCAGGGCUAAAUGCAACAAGUGCUAAUUCAACAAAUGCUGACGUGUGUACGCCAAAAUAUGUUACCUUCAAUUCAAAGACUGUGUAUGCUCUACCUACUAUUGCAUUUGCAUUUGUCUGCCAUCCAUCAGUCCUGCCAAUCUACAGCGAGCUUAAAGAUCGAUCACAGAAAAGGAUGCAGAUGGUUUCGAAUAUCUCCUUUUUUGCCAUGUUUGUUAUGUACUUCUUGACCGCCAUUUUUGGCUACUUGACAUUCUACGAAAACGUCCGCUCGGACCUCCUUCACAAGUACCAGAGUAAGGAUGACAUCCUGAUCCUGACGGUGCGGGUGGCCGUCAUCGUGGCUGUCAUCCUCACGGUGCCGGUGUUAUUUUUCACGGUUCGUUCAUCUUUAUUUGAACUGGCUAAGAAAACAAAGUUUAAUCUGUGUCGUCACAUCUUCGUGACCAUCAUACUCUUGGUCAUUAUCAACUUGUUGGUGAUCUUCAUACCCUCCAUGAAGGAUAUCUUUGGGGUUGUAGGAGUUACAUCUGCUAAUAUGCUUAUUUUCAUUCUUCCUUCAUCUCUUUAUUUAAAAAUCACAAACCAGGAUGAAGAUAAAGGAACUCAAAGAAUUUGGGCGGCCCUCUUCUUGGGUCUGGGGGUGUUGUUUUCCCUGGUCAGCAUUCCCCUGGUCAUCUACGACUGGGCCUGCUCAUCGGGGAGUGACGAAGGCCACUGAGACCAGCUGGGAGCCAGCAACAUUCCCGUCAGCUGCUCAGUCCAGUCACCGACCACACAUCAGCAACCCUCAUCCCUUCCUUUGCAAGUUUACAGAAGCAAACAGAAAUUUACAGGAUACUUAAAAUGGAAUCCCACUUUGGUCGCAAAAUAGAAACCUGUUUCUAUACUGGUUCGUGUCCCUCCAAGAUCUAGGAUCACUUUAAGGAUCAUGGAUAUUUUCCCCCCCCCUUCAAAUUUCAUGGAAUCAUAUUUCCUAGUACUUAACACAGUCAGUUAUUUUUUCACUCUCCUAACUCAUUUUUUUGUGACUUCAUGGUCUCUUAGAACUUUGAAAACAUGAUCAUCAAUCAUGUUUAUUUAUUAUAGAUCAGAUUCUGAAAUAAUUUUCCUACUGAUGUUCAGCUCACACUAUCUGUAUCUUUUUAGAAGAGAAAAUAAUCUUGAAUUGUAUAUAUUUAUUUUGCUUUACAGAAGAAAAAAAGGUUUCGUAAAUAAUUUGCCUAUUUUGGUUAACAUAGCACACAGGGAUCAUCGUCGGGGAGUCGCGGGGUGCGUGCGUGCGUUGCCGGGUUGGAGCACGCCCGGGAUUUGAGGUGGCUCUGAUCUCCGGCAGGCAGACCAGUGGCCUCCCCGGUAUUACGUCCACUUCAUAGAAAGACAUUCCCUGGUGAAGUGUCCUCUCAGCUGGGAAGGGGUGGAAAUGAUUCUUACCUUGGUAAACACAUUAAACUACACAGGUGGGGAAUCUAGCAAAUUACGUUUUGUUUCCCUCUUGGCAACUUGUGUCAAAGUUACUCUGACCUGAGUCCAUUUCUACUGGGGGAGUCUCAUAACACCUUUGUAAUAAAUUGAGGAGCAAGAAUACUGCAGAAAGAUUGUCCGAAAUGCCUAAGAGAAUAUUCCUCAGAUGCAGAUAGCCUUCACCCCUACACUGGAUUGUUGAAGGGAGAAACGUUUUCUUACUAGUAAACGAUAAACCCCAGCAGCUUUUCCUCAUGUCCACCAGCUUUUUGCACAGGGAAUAAGGUGUAUCUAACCAAGGAUGAUCUAAGUAAUUCCUGUUUUAUAUUGGGUACUUU